AUGGCUCAUCUUGAUUCUGACGUGAGAGAGGAGUGUCUGAGGGAAGACCUGAGAUUUUACUUCAUGAACCCUUGUGAAAAAUACCGGGCCAGACACCAGAUUCCAUGGAAACUGGGUUUACAGAUUCUGAAGAUACUCAUGGUCACCGCACAGCUAAUUCGUUUUGGUUUAAGUAACCAGCUCGUGGUUGCCUACAAGGAGGAAAACGCCGUUGCUUUUAAGUACUUGUUUUUAAAGGGCUAUUCUGGCAUAGACGAAGAUAACUACAGUCUCAGUGUGUAUACUCAACAGGAUGCCUACGAGAGCAUAUUUUACGCUAUUAAUCAGUAUCAUCGUCUAAAGAAAAUCUCCCUGGGAACUCUAAGUUAUGGAGAAAAUGAAGGGAAUAGAAUCGGCGUAAAAGUCUGUAAGCAGCAUUAUAAGAAAGGGACCAUGUUUCCUUCUAAUGAGACACUGAAUAUUGACAGUGACAUUGAAACAGACUGUAUUCACUUAGACCUCCAGGCCCUCUCCAAGGACCCCGAGGACUGGAAGAACUCACCAUUCUUCAGACUGGAAUUUUAUAGGCUCUUACAAGUUGAAAUCUCCUUUCACCUCAAAGGCAUUGACCUGCAGACAAUGCUUUCCCGAGAGUUGCCAGACUGUUACGUCUUUCAGAAUACGAUUACCUUCGACAACAAAGCUCACAGUGGCAAAAUCAAAAUCUAUUUUGACAGUGAUGCUAACAUUGAAGAAUGCAAAGACUUAAGCAUAUCUGGAUCUGUUCAGAAAAAUACUCAGUAUGUGCUGGUGUUCGAUGCAUUUGUCAUUGUGAUUUGCUUGGCAUCUCUGGUUCUGUGCAAAAGAUCAAUUGUUCUUGCUCUACGUUUACGAAAGAGAUUUCUGAAUUUUUUCCUGGAGAAGUACCAGCGACAUGUGUGUAAUGCUGACCAGUGGGAGUUCAUCAACGGGUGGUACGUCCUGGUGAUUAUCAGCGACCUAAUGACAAUAAUCGGAUCCAUACUAAAAAUGGAAAUUCAAGUGAAGAAUAUCACCAACUACGAUCUGUGCAGCAUUUUGCUCGGAACGUCCACACUUCUCGUCUGGGUUGGAGUCAUCAGAUACCUGGGUUACUUCCAAAAAUAUAAUGUGCUCAUUUUAACAAUGCAGGCCUCGCUGCCCAAAGUCCUUCGCUUCUGCGCCUGUGCCGGGAUGAUCUACCUGGGUUACACCUUCUGUGGCUGGAUCGUCUUAGGCCCGUACCACAACAAGUUUGAAGCUCUGAAUACAGUUUCUGAGUGUCUGUUUUCUCUGGUCAACGGUGACGAUAUGUUUGCAACCUUUGCUCAAAUCCAGCAGAAGAGCCUCUUGGUGUGGCUGUUCAGUCGCCUGUACUUAUAUUCCUUCAUCAGCCUUUUCAUAUACAUGAUUCUCAGCCUUUUCAUUGCACUUAUUACAGAUUCUUAUGACACCAUUAAGAAAUACCAACAGAAUGGGUUUCCUGCAACGGAUCUUCAGGAAUUCCUGAAGGAAAGUAGCAACCAAGAGGAGUAUCCGAAGGAGUCCUCAGCCUUCCUGUCCUGCAUCUGCUGUCUGAGGAGGUCGGUAUUGUGUUUCAUCAGGUCUCCAUGCUCCUGA